AUGACCACUAUUAGGACAAUCAUAGUUGUGGCAGUCAAAAAGGGUUGGCCAAUGUACCAAUUGGACGUCAAUAAUGCCUUUUUACACGUGGACUUAGAUGAAAAGGUAUAUAUGAGAAUACCCCAGGGCCUGAAUGUUUCUGCACCUACCAUGGUUUGUAAAUUGGACAAAUGCUUAUAUGGCCUAAAGCAAGCUUCUAGACAAUGGUAUUCCAAAUUAAGUGAUUCUCUUAUUUCUAAGGGCUACUCAGUUUCAAAAAAUGAUUACUCCUUAUUUAUCAAGUCUAUUGGUUCUCAUAUUACAAUUGUUGUUGUUUACGUUGAUGACAUUCUCUUAAGUGGUAAUGAUGAAAAGGAGAUGAGUUCUCUCAAACUAUUUCUAGAUGCUCAAUUCAAGAUAAAAAAUUUAGGGCAUUUACAUUAUUUUUUGGGUUUGGAAAUCCUCUCUGAAUCUGGAGGUGUUAUCAUCUGCCAAAGGAAGUUUGCUUUGGACCUCUUAUCUGAAUUCAAUUGUCUAGAUUGCAAUGUUGUUGCUAGCCCCUUAGAUGUGAAUCUGAAACUCUCCAUUGAAGAUGGGGAGCCCUUAUCUGACCUUUUCUUGUAUAGGAAGCUCAUUGGCAAGCUGAACUUUCUCACAAAUACAAGACCUGAUUUGGCUUUCUCAGUACAGUUGUUAAGUCAGUUCAUGCAUGCCCCUACUUCAUCUCAUCUUUCUGCUGCUUAUCAUGUUCUUAAGUAUGUCAAAGGUACCUUGGGGCAAGGUUUGUUCAUGUCUGUUGCUUCUGAUUUCUCAUUACAUGCUUAUUGUGAUUCGGACUGGGCUUCUUUUCCUAGUUCCCGGAGAUCCGUUAGUGGUUAUUUGGUGUUACUUGGUGGUUCUUUACUCACAUGGAAGUCUAAAAAGCAGCACACUGUGUCCCUAUCUUCCGUCGAGGCCGAGUAUCAUUCCAUGCGCCGAGUUGUUGCCGAACUUGCUUGGCUCACCAGGCUGUUACAUGAACUUUCUGUUACCUCAAUUUUUCCAGUUCCUUUACACUGUGAUAGUCAGUCCGCCAUCUACAUCGCUCGUAAUCCGUUGUUUCAUGAGCGUACGAAACAUAUAAAGUUGGAUUGCCACUUUGUUCGCGAGAAACUCCAAGAUGGUCUUAUUUCUUUAUCCUAUCUUCCCAGCAAAUUACAACUGGCCGAUAUGCUGACUAAAUCACUCUCAGGUGUCACUCUCAGGCUACAGUCAGAGUACAAGCUUCUUGGAGCCAAUUGCAAGGAGAAAGCAGGUCAAUAA